AUGACUUCCAGAAAGGAAGGCCACGUACAGUGGAUUGAGGGUCUUCGUGGCAUCGCUUCAACAUUGGUUUGGAUCGCCCAUGUCACACGUGCCUUUGAUUAUGAUCUCUAUUCUCCCGUUUCUGGCGAAGGAUUGAGACCACGAUUGCUCCAACUCCCUUUCAUUCGUAUCAUGAUCCAAGGCCGUCUAGGCGUCAUCAUCUUCGUCUACGUCACAGGUUAUGUAUGUGCAUUGAAGCCGCUAUCUCUCUUUCGACGGGGAAAUUAUGAAGCAGGCUGGAGUUGCGUUUCCAAGUCUGCGCUCAGGCGACUUCCACGCUUGCUGUAUCCAAGUGCCAUUGCAACAACUUUGGCGUGGAGUGCGACACAACUGGGCCUUUUCGAGGCUGCAAAGACGACGGAGAGUUACUAUCUGACUCAGACCGUCGAAGACAAGCUACCGCUGUAUUCGGCAAUCAGAGAACUCUUUUUCGCAAUAUUCAAGACCUGGACUGGAGGUGGAAAUAAGUACGACCGUCAUCAGGGCACGCUCUUUGAACUGUUCAAAGGUGGAAUGUAUGUGCUACUGUUCGUCUCUGCAACUGCAAAGGUCCAAGCAAAGUUUAGAAUGGGUGCAUCAUUAGUUCUAUGGGCCUACCUUUGGGCUUGCGGAAGACCUUACUUCAUGCAAUUCUGGUGGGGAGUCUUUAUGAAUGACUUGCAUAACUCUAGACUCUCUCAGCGCAUCUCAUGGAGCAAGUCUCGGUACAUACCUUUCUUCGGUUUCUUGUCCAUAGCAGUCGGCCUGUUCAUGGCAUCAUUCCCUGAAAGCCGUAUUGAACUAGCCCCCUGGUCACGUUGGCAAAAUCAGAUCCUAUCAGCGAUUGUCCCCAAGGACUCAGAAUUUCCAAAAUUUGCAUCUUCCUUUGGUUUCUGCCUUUUGACAAUCGGCGGAGCCCUACUCCCUGGGUAUACAGACAUUCUAUCCCAUCGUGUCCUGGUAUGGCUUGGGAAGCGAUCUUUCUCAGUGUAUCUGCUCCACGGCACGCUGCUAAGAUGGUUGCUCACAUGGAUGGUAUAUGGCAAUGCUUUGUCACCCAAUCUACAGGUUCAGCAGCCAGGAAGCGCUUCUUCAAAACUUGAAUAUGCGGGUAACACGUGGUUGCUUUUCUGCCUACCGGCUUGGCUUGGUCUUUUAUAUGGAUUUGCUGAGAUAUGGACGAGAUACGUUGAUACGGCUGCUGAACGAUUUACCAGUCAGCUUGUUGCUUACACCCGACAGGAGGAGUCAAAAGAGUUGUCGCUGGUCUGA